CGAUACGUUCGAUAUAUAAGCGAGGACAGACGUGUUGAAGUUUAAUUGAGUUAGUUACAGCAUAGAGUACGAACAUAAAAACAAAAUGAUUAGCAAAGUGAUGUUCGUAAUUUUUUUGCAAGCUUUAAUCUACAGCCGCGGCAGUGUAGAGGCAUCGCCAGUGACCCGAAUAAUUGAUGGAUCAAUCGCUCACCAUCACCAGUUUCCAUGGCACUUAUCCCUUCAAAUAGUGACAAGUACUUCAACAAAUAUACGGUAUUGUGGCGGCUCGCUAAUAUCAAACCAAUUUGUCCUGACCGCCGCUUCAUGUCUUGUUGACGCUACAAAUGUCCGGAUCGAUAUGGGAUCAGUAUUGUUUCUGGAACCACAAUUCAGUCAAGAGUCGACACAAUUCGUUUCUCACAGUCAAUUCAAUGGACAAUUUAACACAAACAAUAUUGGAAUAAUUCGAUUGAGAAGCCCAAUAUCCGAAUAUUCCAAUACGUUAAGAGCUAUCCUGAUUCCGGGUACUCAACACGCUGGUGACCAAUAUGUUGGCGUACAGUCAUAUAUAUCGGGUUAUGGUGUGUACGUGUUAGGUGGUAACGUUUUGUCAAAUCAACUGAAAUUCGGCCAACAAACGACAUUAGCGAAUGUAGAAUGUCAACAGAGUUUUGAUGCUCGAUUUGUUCAGGCUGGUUCCAUAUGCGCUAAAUCGAACGCUACUCAAACUGUAUGUCACGGCGAUAUAGGUGGACCACUUGUGGUUCAAUAUGGAGAUACGUGGAUGCAAAUUGGUAUCGCAAGUACAAUAAGCGCGAAUGGAUGCGCUGGUCCAACUGUUUAUACAAGAUUGACUUCAUACAUUGAUUGGAUUAGGACAAUGACCGGUAUAUCCAACGAUCAUGUUUAAAAUUUAGAGAAUCACUUUAAUUGGGAAUAGGACGAAAAUCUGAUAGCUUAAGUCGAAGAAAGCCGGUUUCAACACUGAUAUUUUUAAAAUUAUUUACAUCGUCAGUAUCCGAAAUAUUGCAAUAGAAAAUAAAUGUUUUUUAUUAAUGAAA